AUCUGCAGGCUUUCCUCUGCAUUGCUGGGUCUGUCGGUCCGGUCAGGAGGGCCUUGGGUCCUUCAGCCGUGGGUGGCCUGGUGCCAAAGGAGGGAGGAGCCCACGGGGGCGGGAUUGGCCCUAAAGCCACCUCAUAAAGACUGAGACUGCACGAGGCUUUCAGGAGGUGUCCUGGAGAAGCUGUUUGUUACGACUGGCAGACCCCAGGAGCUCAGCUGGGGCUCUGCAGUGUCAUGCCCUGGAGUCCCCUGGCUUCGCUGAGCUGGGCACUGGUGCUGCGGCUGCUGGCCUUGCUGCGGCCACCCGGGUUGGGUGAGGCUUGCAGUUGCGCGCCUGCGCACCCCCAGCAGCACUUCUGCCACUCAGCUCUAGUAAUCCGGGCCAAAAUAUCCAGUGAGAAGGUAGUUCCUGCCAGUGAAGACCCUGCUGACACUCAAAAAAUGAUCCGGUAUGAAAUCAAACAGAUAAAGAUGUUUAAAGGCUUCGAGAAGGCCAAGGAUGUUCAGUAUGUCUACACACCGUUCGACUCUUCUCUUUGUGGUGUGAAACUAGAAACCAACAGCCAGAAACAGUAUCUCUUGACGGGCCAGAUUCUCAGUGAUGGAAAGGUCUUCAUCCAUCUGUGCAACUACAUUGAGCCCUGGGAGGACCUGUCCUUGGUGCAGAGGGAGAGCCUGAAUCAUCACUACCACCAGAACUGUGGCUGCCAAAUCACCACUUGCUAUGCGGUGCCCUGUACCAUCUCAGCCCCCAAUGAGUGCCUCUGGACAGACUGGCUGCUGGAACGGAAGCUCUACGGGUACCAGGCCCAGCACUAUGUCUGCAUGAAGCAUGUUGAUGGCAUCUGCAGCUGGUACUGGGGCCACGUACACCUCCAGAAGGAGUAUGUUGACAUCAUCCAGCCCUAGCAAGGACCAGCGACCACCUCCUUGGAAGAGUUCUGAAGACCAAGCCAGUUCUCAGUGGUACUCUGACCAUCACCACCUACCAUGUUGCUGCCAAACAAUGGGAAGUGACAAGUGGAUGGCCUGGCCAGCAAAAUGGAGGCUGUGGGGGCAUGUGACACCUUAUGUCCACAUCUCAGGCUCACAACUUUCCAAGGGCUGGGAAGGUAGUAUGAUUUAUCUGCCUUGCCCUCGGCUCCUCUCCUCAGUCUCCCAACCCUUGUUAGUCUAGUUUACACCUAUUACUGAAAGUUUGUAUUCUG